GAUUCCAGCCGCGCUCAAUUGUUUGUCGACGAUCUGUACACCCUCCGAAACGACUCCAUCCUUCCAUUCCACGGGAAAUCCGGCACAAAACUCAAGAUGAGCUUCGUCACACGCCGAGCGCUCUCGACGCUCAUUCCUCCCAAGGUCGCUUCGCCUAAGGCGAUCGGCUCCGACCCCAACGCCAUUGCGAUGAAGCGCGUUGUCAACUUUUACGAGAAGCUGCCCCGGGGCCCCGCGCCCGAGGUCAAGGCCACCGGCAUUCUCGGCAGGUACCAGGCCAAGCACUUCGGCAAGAACCCGACUGCGAAGCCUAUCAUCCACGUCAUUGUCUUCCUAGUUGCAGUUGGAUACGCCCAGAACUACUACUUCCACUUGCGCCACCACAAGAACAACGCUCAUUAGAGACUUUUGGGAGGGAAAUGGAGCUCCGUCCGUCAGAUAUGACAUGUAGAUACCAGCCAUAGAGAGGAAGUGAGUGCGAAUCACACUGAAAAAGAUUUUCUUUGGUUGCAGAAAUAUCCUAUUCAUCUUAAGAGGUCUUCCAUCUGUCUUGUGAGGGUUGAAAAUGCGUGAUCAAGACAACAUACUACCUACGAGCAUGGAUUGGAUAUGCAUGAAGGUGCAGUUGCCUCCCUAAUGACAAGUAGACCUAUGACAUAGGAGAGGUGUGUUUACGAAGGGGUCUGUGAAGACAUGUGCACGAAAGUUAUUGCUGCUGGGAAGAACAGAUCAGGGGGGCAUAUUGCAGCAGCUUGAAGGUACGGCAAUUGAGCAAGUGGGAAGGGAUGCUGGUUGUCCAAAACAUGGGAAUAUUCUUAAUUAAGUUCUGCGUAAUGGCUGAGGGAAAGAUCCCAGGCGGCCCUUCCUCAUCAGUCCUGCACUGAGCACACGCGGUGCGUUUGGCUUUUGUUAGGCUGCAGUUUCGAGUAUUUGUCUGACUGGAGCUGUUGUUGUAGAAGGUGUAGCCAAGCUUAGGUGUG